UGAAUCUCCAGCCUCUGUCUCCCAAACUGCUAGGAUUACAGGAGUGAGACACAGCGCCAGGCCCAAGUGGCAUCAUAAACCAUCUCUAGGAAAUCUAAAGGAUUAAUAAUGAUAUUCACUUCUCUAUCAGAUUCACUGCAAAGAUUUUUCUAUAUAAGCAUAAUGCAGCAACACUAACUUACAUACACAAUAAUCUUCUCCAUAGCAAUGAUUUGUUAGACAUUAGGAAAUCCUUUACGUAUUUAAUAUAAUAAUCCAAUCCUUUAUAUCUUCAAUAAUCCAAUCACAAAGUUUAAAAAUAUUAAGAGAAGUUAUCAUGCAACUCCUCACCCCAAUUUUAUUACAAAUUUUCCUUUACUAACUUUGACCUGAUGUUCCAUGCCCACAAGCUAGAUAACAACGCGUCAAAUAUCUCGUUAUCAUUGCAAAGCAAAAAAAUAAAACUAGCUUUAAUAUAAAACGGUAACUAGUAUACAACCUGUAGUAGUUAAAACAAUAUAAAAUUUUACUUAACCAGAUAUUGCACGUUAAACUCUAGGAACAUUAACAGUGGAAACAUUCUCCGCAUCUAACAAAUUACGAGAUAAAGUAUAGAUCCGUUGAGAGAGGGAACUAACAUUCUGACCUCCUUCCAAAAUGACAAACUAGAACGGCAAAAUUACACUCAGGCACAUUGGAGUACUCUUCUCUCAAAUCACUCCACAGAGAACUUCAUCAUUUGCUCCGCCCUCUAAUAACUCAUGCAAGAAAAGUUCAGCACCAUCAGAGAGAAACAAGACAGACAGAAUUCACAGAAUGGCUUUAGGGCCUUUCCUCCAGGCGGUAAGAGGAUCUGCGUGUGCCCUUCGCAGGGGUCCAAAGGGAGAGAACCUAGGCCUAGGGUUUCGGGGAUACUGACACCCAGAAACAGAUUUUCUCUCAAAGAAGUUUCUGCCGCCAUCCCUAUCUUAUCAGCAGGAGGCCCGGCGCCAUCGUCUCCGUCUUUAUGGUUUUAUUAUGGGGAGGUGGGAAACGCCACCCUGGAUUCCUCCAGGCCUCCCCUAUUCAGCUUGGGGGUUCCCCCUCAUUCUUCCCUCAAAGCCUCAGUCCCUGAGGUCCUCCUCAGCACCCCCCGCUUCUGGCGGCCUGUCCCCCGUGAAGUGUAAAGGCACGGCCGAACCCACCGGCCUCGCCGUGAAGGCGGGAGGGCCCGAACCCGCCAGGGCCACGGCGAUGGCUCCGAGGGGCCCAGAAAGGGGAAGGGCAGGCCGGGAACCGGGGCAGAAUGACCUGGCCGGGGAAGAAAGGAAAAAAGGAGGUGAGGAGAUGCACCGCACCGCAGGGCUGCACAGAGAAGGGAAGAUGAUGAAGGAGGAGGAGGAGGGCGGUGGCCCGGGUGCGGCCCCCCACUCCUCCCGCCCCCGGGUCCCCGGGCCGGCGGGGGCGGACGGACUCGGCCCAUUCCCAGGUCUGGGCUGGCGGGGGGUUGGGGGAUCUCCCUCCACACUACUAGGAGAUAGAGAACGAGGGUAUCGGGAGCGCGGGGGGGCUGUCUCCCGCCUGAACCCGGAGACCCCGACGCCGUCGUCGCCUCUUCCUCAGGAGGGAGGACGGGAGCUGUGGGUAAAGCCCGAAGGAGGAAUGCCUGAAGGUAAGGGGAAGCCCGGGGCAGACCCGCCGCCCGCUCCGGACCCCACUCUCCACCUUCCGGUAACGGCGUCUCUUACCGGUGAUGGUGGUGAACUGUUGAAUUAA